UUCCUCCUUUCAAAAGAAGAUGCCUUAUCCGUCAGGUAGUAAGUCACUUAACUUGAAACACACGACGACACAGAGCUAAGAGACAUGCUUGUCUUCCUUUGCUUCUUCGUAUUCCCUCUCACAUUGGCUAUUCAGAAAACAAGGAACUCCAUGAUUGGCCAUUCUCUUCUUGUAUCUCCCUACGACGAGACGGGUGUUGGGGAACUUUGGGAAUGCUACAAACUCUGCUAUGACGACAAAGAAAACUGCGCCAGCAUCAACUACGACAUGAAAAAAGGGAGAUGCAAGCGCAUGAAGGUUUCACAUGUAAACUGGCCUCAAGGACUCGUGAAAAUGGAAAAUUCUAUUUACGCGGAUCUAAGAGAAGGUUGUGCUGACAAGCCCCACCCCCUGGGGAUGGAAGAUGGCAGCAUUCCUGACUCGAGCAUUACGGAUUCAUCAGCUAUCGACUCCAUUAUCAGCAGUCACGACCCUUACCACGCGCGCUUAAAUAACCAGCCAAUGAGUGGACGACACGUAGGCGUAUGGGUAACCAAUAGUAAACAAAAAGGCGAGCAUCUACAGGUGGACCUUGGCCAAGUCACGUGGAUUACCCAUGUAGCAACCCAGGGACGCCCGCAAAGUUAUCCCCAAUGGGUGACUGAGUACACUGUGGAGUACAGCCUAACGGGAAAUCAGUGGCAGAGUUACCAAGACGAGAAUGGUGGGACUAAGGUUUUCCCUGGAAACUCAGAUAUGACCACUGUGGUGAAGAACGAGUUCUCCCCUGUCAUCAAAGCGCGUUACGUCAGGAUUGUUGUACAGGCUUGGUACGAAUUUAUCGCUAUGAGAGCGGAGUUGUACGGAUGUGCAGCCUGACUUAGAUACCUUUGCACUGGACUUUUAUAUUUUGAGGGGAUUUGGCGGAGGGGGUUAUAGAAACAUGAUUAACUAAUUCCCGGUUGAUUGACGACGUUUGUUUUUAAAGUUUUUGAUUUUAGUACUUUUAGAUGCGGGUAAAAUAUGGAAAGUGAUAUUCUCCUGAAAAUGCAAAAGCCCAAUAAAGUCGUUUCAAAGGUAGAUCACGUAUAUCUUUAUUGCAACGUAGUUACUAGAGCAGUCCAACUCAUCCGCGACACGAUUGUAGAAUAAAAUUAAUUAGGAAACAAACCAGAAAUAUUUACUUAAAAGCUUUCAAACUCGAGAUAUAAAAGUUUGCAUUCUAGAAAAGAUUUUAAAGAAAGAGCCCGCUUGAGAGGUAGCAUUGAUUUUGACAGAUAGAAAUAAUGGUUGUUAAGGGAGAUUACUAAAACAAAAUACAAAAAAAGCUUCACUUGGCGUCUUUUAUUCAUCAUAGCACUUGUAAUAAAUAAGACUCUCAAAAUAAAAAGAAUAAAUAUA